AUGAAAUACCUUCUGGCCCCACGAAUGCAUACUUUCAAGCUCUCGAAAGCUGUUAGACACCACUUUUCAUCUCAAUCAACACCAUCGCCCACAAGCACCCCCAUUAUCUCGACUCGAAUUAAGGGCGAUACAAAUACUGGCUUGGCUAUGGCGGGCAACGAAGCCUCUCUCAGGCCCCGAACUCUUCAAAUUCAAACAGGCUUUCACUGCCCUCCACGGCCAAGUCUUCAAGACGUUCUCUCUAAUAUCGCUCCAUCACCAUGGACACUCAGUGCAUUCAUGGCCUAUUUGUCUCAAAAUCAUUGCCUCGAAACGCUUGAAUUUACCAUGGAUGCCGCUCGUUAUGAAAAGCAAUACCACAAGAUGCAAGCCCAAACAUCACACCUUUCAGUCUACCCGUCCUCAUCACACGAUAUCGCACACACCCGUAAGCUCUGGCAGCGCCUACUCGACGCCUACAUCAAACCCAACGCACCACGAGAAGUCAACCUACCCGGUGAAGUGCGGGACCAUCUUGUCUCCCUAUCAAACAACAUCACUUCCCCUGACCCUAAGGAACUAGUGGUUGCUGUCCGCAUUAUCUACGAGCUCAUGGAAGAAUCUGUCCUCGUGCCAUUUCUUAACACCGUUACUCCCAUAUCAACUAUCGACCCGCAUUUAGAUCCCUGGACGUCGUGUGAAUCGGCUGUUGAUAUGAGUGGUGAUUCUCUACCUUUCAAGUCACAGAUAAGCAGCCCAAUGCGCACUAAUUCCGAUUCAUUAUCUCCCUGGAGCGCCAAUUCACGCUCACCACUUAAUGCUGCCGGUCGGACGUCUGGCCGCCGCUCAGCCUUUUUCUGGACAUCAUCAGCCUCUUCGUCAACGGAACACUUGACUGAUGAUGAAACACUGACCAUUCCCGAGCUUGUAACGCCACCUCACACGCCACCGACUUCUCACAGCAGUCCAGUCGAGAAAAAUUCAACGAAUGGCAGUACAAGUCAUCAUCAUUUGCGUCAUCAUUCACGUCAUCAUUCACGUCAUUCCUACCAUCAUUCACUAGGUGAAGGAAGUUGUAGCUGGAAAAAGAUGGGUGCCAAGCUUUGCUGGAAAAAGCCCCGUCUCGUUAGUCCGAGUAAUUCAACUAGCGUACUGUUGCCCGAGCAUUGGGAUGAUACGUCGUGA